AUGAUCCACACCUAUACAAGGGAUGCUUUUAGCAUAUCUUUUCAUAUUUUUAAUGUUUGGCCGAUCACCUCUGCCGCUAACCUCCACCUCUCGCCGGACCAAGCGAUCGGAAAAGUAGCUUCCGCUGAAGCGAAUUUCAUGCGCGUUGUUGUUGAACUGGAAAAAUCGGAGAAAAUAUUGUCUGAAAAUGAAGGAAAUGGAGUUGAAUUGUUGUGUGUGGUUAGGAAUUUGUUGAAGAAGAUUAAGAGGAGAGUUUUGGUAGGAGAGUUUCAUGCGUUGUAUGUAGAAGAAUUGAUAUCUAAGAAUUGCAUGCUAUCUUAUUUUAAAAUACAAAUGGUGAUUUCAUGGAAAUCCAAACUUCGCAGUUGGGGUUAUGAACCGGUUUUUUGCAGUGUUGAGACCAAAACUGGACUUGAUACUCUGCAGUUCAACCUGAGAGAUCAAACCUCUGUAAUUGUGGGUCCAAGUGGCGUUGGAAAGUCCAGUUUGAUCAAUGCUUUGAGAAGCAAUCAAUUUGGAUUUGGUGCUGCAGAAUUGGAUGAUUGGUCUAAUUCUAUUUUAGGAAGCAAGUGGCUUGAAGAUCAACGAGUUGGAGAAGUGGCAGCAAGAAGUGGCAGAGGAAAGCACACGACUCGACAUGUCUCAUUGCUUCCACUAUCUGGUGGAGGAUAUGUUGCAGAUACUCCUGGCUUCAACCAACCGAGUCUAUUGAAAGUAACAAAACAGUCCCUUGCCCUGUGCUUCCCAGAGACAAGCAGUGUGUUCAGAUACAAAGCUGGAGAUAUGGGCAUCAUGCAAGCUGAACCACGGUUACAGCCAAAGAAACAUAGAAGAACUUCACGUAAGAAGAUGAAUCAAUCUUUUUUAGAUGACGUUGAGGCAGAACUUGAAUAUGACGAAGAUGAAAGCUUUUUAGAGGAUGAUCCCAUUGUAAAAGCAAUGGAGAAUGAAAAUCAGUAA